GUAUGGAAGUGGGACUCUGAAAUUAAAAAAUGGUCUUCUUGACGGCAUCUUGGAUCUUAAAUGCCGCGAUUCUCUUCGUCACCGCCCUUGUGGCGGCUUACUUUUACAUGACACGAAACUUCAACCACUGGAAAAACAAAGGUGUGACGGAGGUGACGCCAGUCCCAUUUGUUGGAAAUUUUGGUCAAUGCCUUCUCUUCCGGCUAUCGGUAUUCGAGUACCUUGCGGAACUCUAUAAACGAGGCCAGGGCUUGCCCUACGUGGGCUUUUACAUAUUCGACAAACCAGCUCUGGUGCUUCGUGAUCCGGAGGUUAUCAAGAGCGUCCUACUCAAGGAUUUCCAGAACCUCCCGAACAGAUAUGGGACUGCAUCUAGCAAAGACUUCGUCGGGAAUAACAACUUGUUCCUCAUCAAGAACCCUGACUGGAAGAACCUGCGCUACAAAUUGACAUCCGUCUUUUCUUCGGGAAAGAUGAAGGCAAUGUUCCCAUUGGUCAACGCCGUUGGAGAUGAAUUGGCUGCCUACUUCGAAAACCUAAAUUUGGAAGGCGAGGGUCGAGUGCUCGAGUUGAAGGAAAUCUGCGCCAAGUACACGACCGACGUUAUAGGCAGCUGUGUCUACGGUUUACAGGUAAACUCGUUGGCAAACCCGGACGCUGAGUUUAGGAAAUAUGGGAGAAAGAUGUUUGAUUUCACUUGGAAACGCGGUGCUGAAUUGAUGGCCGUAUUCUUCAUUCCUGGGAUCACGAAUUUUUUCGGCUCCGUGCUCUUCGAAGGUGAAAGCUCCAAUUUCAUGAAGAAAGUAUUCUGGGAAACCUUGAAGGCUCGCAUGCAGUCUGGCUUAAAGCGCAACGAUCUCAUAGAUCUUCUCAUAGAGCUGAAGAAUAACCAAACGGACGAAGACUUGUUCCAAUUCACUGACGACAACAUGGUCGCCCAGGCUGCAGUCUUCUUUGCAGCAGGAUUCGAAACCUCAUCGACUCUGGUGUCUUUCACACUGCACGAACUGUCCCUGCAACCGGAGCUACAAACCAAACUCCGGGAAGAGAUCUUAACAGCUUUGGAAGAAAACGAUGGAAAGAUCUCCUAUGACCUGGUGCAGAACCUUCCGUACUUGGCCAAGGUUGCUUGGGAAACUCUUCGAAAAUAUCCUUCGGUACCGUUUUUGGACAGAGAGGCUAUUUGCGAUUAUACAAUUCCAAAAACUGGCCUCUUAAUCAAAAAAGGCACUCCCGUCUACACUCCGUUACUAGGGCUUCACUACGAUCCGGAAUAUUAUCCUGAUCCUGUCAAGUACGAUCCGGAGAGAUUUAGUGAAGAAAAUAAGAAGAAGCGACCCGCCUUCACUUAUUUGCCAUUCGGCGAAGGUCCUCGUAACUGCAUUGGUCUUAGAUUUGGACUAAUGCAAGCAAAGAUUGGCCUCAUCAAAAUCCUCUCGAAUUUCGAAAUCUUCCCAUGUGACAAAACCCUGAACCCCAUGCGCGUAGAUCCGAAAGCACUCACCUACGCGUCGGACGGUGGCUUGUUUCAUAGAGUACGCAAAAUCACGACAAUUGGGUAAAAGAUAAUAGCGAAUCUCUCAUUCGUUGGUUUUACGCGACUAAUAAUCUGCACGACGCUCACACCAUGUAACAGAAGA